AUGACGCUCAAAGACUUGCUGAAGAAGAAGGACAAGAUCAAGGACGAGGGCGCCGCGGCUCCACCCCGCACAGGGCCAACGCUAUCCGCAGACGUCCCAGAAUUCCAAUUCUUUCGUACUACCACGUCCACGCGCGAGACUAUUGAACCCCCCAGCUUCCCCGGCGACCCCACCCGCGAAGCACCAGCUCUCCUAUCACCCACACGCAGCGCCUUUGGGAGGUUCCGAAGUCGAAGUAAUGCAGCCUCUCAGAACCCACAUAAUGGCACAGAGGGAGUAGCGAAAGGGUUGGAACGGUUGCAUUUUGGGCGGACGCGCUCGAGCAGCUCUGCGAAUGUGCCCGAAAACCUGCCAGAAGUUGGGGGAGAUGGAGUCGCAAGAACAGAAGACGAAGAGGCGAAAUGGGAGAAGAGGGCCACGGUGCUCGUAACGGAGGGUGCGCUCGCAGGUGGCGCAAGUGGCCCAGCGUCACCGAGAAUCGAAGUCACAAAUCCAAUGUCUCCAGGAGCGCCAAAGGGCAGGAGUAGGAGCGCCAGUAUUGCUGCGCCGGAAGACGAAGAGAAUAUCCAGGAAGCUAUACGGCUGCAUGAGAAGGGCAAUCUCGAGGCGUCGACUGCGCUGUUCGGUCGUCUGGCCGACCCAAGCACUCACAACAAUGCACUUGCACAAGUUCUCUACGGCCUUGCAUUGAGACAUGCCUGGGGCAUCGAGGCAAACCCAGAACAAGCCGUGCAUUUCCUAAGCAUGGCUGCCUCCAACAGUGCCGAAGUUGAGAAGCUCGCACUCGGCGCCGGCAUGAAGAAGGGCGGUUCAGCAAAAGGCGAGCUUGUGCUGGCAAUGUAUGAGCUGGCCAACUGCUUCCGCAACGGCUGGGGUAUCAAGAAAGAUCCCGCAGCCGCGAAGCAGUACUACGAAACUGCUGCCAACUUGGGCGAUACUGACGCCAUGAACGAAGUUGCAUGGUGCUAUACGGAAGGCUUUGGAACCAAGAAAGACAAGUCCAGUCGUCUAGAUGUUCAUGCGACACUCUACGCACACGGCCAGGCCUGCAUGGCCCUCGCUUUCGCUUCGAUCGCGAGCAGCAUCAUGCGGGUGGCUUGCGUUCGGCUGAUGCGGGAGAGCGGUAAUGUCGCUAACAAGGCUUCGCAGUUCAAAGCGGCGCAGUUCUUACGCCUGGCUGAGUCGAAGGGCAACAAGACUUUAGGCAAUACAUGGUAA